AUGACUGGCGGCUUUGAGACACCACCUUCGCAAUGCCUGGGGCCUGAGUAUCGUCCAGCUACGCAGAAGCCAACUGCUACUGUGUCCAAGCCUCUGGACCAAGUGCCAAAUAUCCACAUCCUGCCUCAAACUCCCCAGCUGAUUGCGCUGCUAACCAUGAUUCGCGAUAAGAACACGGGGCGUGCCGACUUCAUCUUCUACUCAAACCGCAUCAUUCGUCUCUUGGUUGAAGAGGGACUCAACCACCUCCCUGUUGUUGGUCACGAGAUCACUACACCUGUGGGGCGAACGUAUGCUGGUGUCAAGUUUGAGGGUAAGAUUUGUGGUGUCUCGAUCAUGCGCGCUGGAGAGUCCAUGGAGCAGGGCCUAAGGGAUUGCUGCCGAUCAGUCAGGAUCGGAAAGAUUUUGAUCCAGAGAGAUGAAGAGACAAGCCAGCCCAAGCUCUUCUACGACAAGCUGCCCGAGGACAUUUCCGAUCGAUGGGUCUUGCUGCUGGAUCCUAUGCUUGCGACUGGUGGCUCUGCUCUCAUGGCCGUCGAGGUACUCAAGUCGCGUGGUGUGCCUGAAGAGCACAUCCUCUUCCUGAACCUCAUCGCUAGCCCCGAGGGCGCGAAGAGAUUUGCCGAGCAAGUGCCAAAGGUUAGAGUAGUGACAGCGUUCGUUGACCAGGGUCUGGACGAGAAGAACUAUAUCGUUCCAGGUCUUGGUGAUUUUGGCGACCGCUUCUACACUUUGUAG